UCAGGGUCAAAAUAAAACCACUCUGGAGGGUUUCAGCCAGUAGAUCUGAUGACAUCAUCAGCUGGAGGAGGGGUUGCCCGGCAACAAGUCCCGACAACAUAAUAACAGUGUCGAUCAAAAAGGAGCGGCACUGAGAACUCUGGGAGCUGACAGCAGCCUCCAUGACGGAGCUGCCGGAGGACCAACCCCCCCCCCUCCUAUUCCUCCCUCCCUCGUUUUUAUUGCCCUCCCCCGAUGUGGGACAGGGCGUCGCCACGGCAACCGGGUAAACAGAUGAUAACAAGCCUUCAGCGCUGCAGAGCUCAUUUGAAUCCUGCGACCGCCGCCGAGGGCCAGAAGAGUGAGAGGAGAGACGGGCGCUGAAGAGCAGACAGACAGGUUUUAGGACCCACCACAGCACUGAGACCGCUCUAAUCAAGGUGACAAAUGAUAUCCGCCUGAACACAGACGAAGUCAAAGUCUGAGUCUUAGUUCUGCUGGACCUGAGCGCUGCCUUUGACACAGUUGACCAUGGGAUCUUAUUACAGAGAUAUUUUGCCAUCAUGGCGGAGAGCGCAGACAUGGAGCAGCUCCUGGCGUCUUUUAAGAAGUUUGCCAUCCACGGAGACACAAAGGCCACGGGGAGGGAGCUGAACGGGAAGAACUGGGCCAAACUGUGCAAGGACUGCAGGAUCAUCGAUGGCAAGAACGUCACCGCCACGGAUGUGGACAUCGUCUUCUCCAAAGUCAAACAGAAGACGUCUCGGGUCAUCACCUACGAGGAGUUCCAGAGAGCUUUAGAGGAGUUGGCCCCAAAGAGGUUCAAAGGUCAAAGUAAAGAGGAGGCACUGGAGUCCAUCUACAAACUGGUGGAAGGCAGAGAGCCCACCAACGUUGGAGUGACGAAAGUGGCGAAGGCGAAGGCGGUGGACCGCCUGACCGACGCGUCCCGAUACACCGGGUCCCACAAGGAGCGCUUCGACGAGAGCGGUAAGGGCAAAGGUCGCGAGGGCCGGGAGGAAAUCGUGGACAAGACGGGCUACGUAGGAGCUUACAAGAACGCCGGCACCUACGACGACAAGAAGAAGGCCGAGAAAUAACAGGAAGUACCGCUUCUCUGCAGCACUUAGGCUGUACCACACCCUGAACUUUGACCCCUCUGUGUGUGUGUGUGUGUGUGUGAACUGGAUAGAGCUUCAUGUUCAGACUCUCAGAUCAGAACUCGCAGACUCUUUAAACCCGUUGGACCGGCAGUCUGGAGGAUCACACCAAGACCGUGACGCACCAGUAGUUCACGAGCCCUUCAGCUCCGUUUAGACCGGAUCCGGUCCAUAGUGGUCUCAGCUCGCUUCAUCAGCUCGGUGUGAAAUCGGACAUUUGUGUGAAAAUGGAGGAACCUGAUGGUGCUAACAUGCUAACAUGCUAACCCAGAGACCUAUUGGUGUAAAGUCAGUGAACCGCCGUCCUCGAGACAAACUUUACUUUAAAAACAACAACCAAAGUCCAAAAUAUAUAAGAAUACAAAACAAACAACAAUGAAAACAGAACGGUAGAAUAACUAUAACCUUGAGAUGGUGAAACAGAUAAGAAACAUAUCCACCAUCCUUUCAGAUUACGGCCAACUGAAACUCCUAAAACACAACCGUUCUUAUUUUCAGGUGAUUCUACACUAAAGAACAUAGUUAUUGAUGUUACAUAUAUUCAUAUUAUUCAUAAUAUGAAUAUUAUAUAUCAAUACACCCAUCAGAUCCUCCUAAAUGUGGCACAUAGUUAUCAAUGUUACAUCUAUCUAUAAUAUUCAUAUUAUAUAUCAAUACACCCUCGAUCCGAUCUGAAUGGAGCUGAAGCUUGUGAUGUCUUUCCUCUGUUCUCGUCUUACUGUUCUUGAUGUUUCUUCAACCUGCAUAUUGUUGCUUUGUGUUUAGUUUUUUAACGUUCUGCUGCCUCCUCGUUCUUCUGUAAUGAUUUUAAACGUCUGGAUUAGAAACUGGACUGUGGCUUCAGUGGAAGUCACUUUAUUCAAUAAAGGACAAACAAAUGUUU